GUAGAGAGAGCCAUAAUCCCACAUUCCCAUAGAGCCAAAUUAAAAGGCAAGAGAUCCAAUUAAAUGGACUCUGAAAACCCUCUUACGCUUCCAGUCAUAGACUUCUCCAUGCCUGGUGCACUAAUCCCAGGCACUCCUGACUGGGAUUCAGUGAAAGUUAAAGUCCACGAAGCACUCAAAUGCUAUGGCAGCUUCAAGGCAUUGUACAAUGGUCUUCAACCGGAGCUUCUAAAGACCUAUUUUGAUGCACUGGAUGAGGUUUUUGAUCUCCCCACAGAUGUUAAGAAGCUAAAUGUUUAUAAAAAACUCUAUCAUGGCUAUCUAGAGCACAAACCCAAGUUUGAAGGGUUGGGGAUUGACUGCGCCAACAUCUUGGAAGAGGUCGAAAAAAACUUCACUAACACACUGUGGCCUGAAGGGAAUCCUAAUUUUAGCAAAACUAUACAGUCUGUUUCUAGCCAAGUAGCAGUGUUAGAUGGUGCAAUUAGAAGAAUGGUCUUGGAAAGCUUGGGUAUGGAGAAAUACUUGGAGGAACAUAUGAACUCCACCAACUACCUGCUUAGGUUGUACAAAUAUUUACCACCUGAAAGCACCGACGAGCCCCAGAUUGGGUCGAACCCUCACACUGAUAAAUCUGUAACCACCAUAUUGUUUGAGAAUGAAGUUGAUGGUUUACAGAUACAAAACAAACAAGGAGAUUGGAUCAGCGUCAAAAUGUCACAGGGCUCAUUCGUUGUCCUGGUUGGGGAUGCCCUCCAUGCAUGGAGUAAUGGGCGUCUUCACAACGCGAUUCAUCAGAUAAGGAUGAAACCAGGAAAUAAAACAAGGUACUCAACAGCAUUGUUUGUGGUCCCAAAAGAAGACUACACAGUGAAGACUCCAGAGGAGCUGGUGGACCAAGAACACCCUUUGCUCUUUAAACCUUUUAAGAAUUUUGAAUACCUCGAAUUCAUAUCUACUCAAAUGGCCAGUAUGGAUCUCAAAGUUAACGCCAUUAAAAAAUAUUGUGGCAUCUAAAUUUUAUAUUACAUUCAUGCCUAUGGAAUAAGUAUUGAUAAGAAACCUCGUAUCUUCUAAUGUCUGUUAAUUUGUGUAAUAAAUUAAGAGUGGAAACAAGUCUGAGCCUCUUGUCAUCUUCUGUAUCUGUAAUCUGAAGAAGAUCUGUGUUAUGUGGAAGAUACAAUUGUGGUUGUGGACAUAAUUCACUCGAAAUGUGUUAAAGAUAUUCAACGUGUAUUGGAAUUAUUGGUUAUUUUUAUUA